AUGUUGAAGUUUUUGCUCUUCUGCACAUUGGCUGUGGCCAGCAGGGCUGACAUCGCCGAGGAAGAAGAUGUCCUGGUGCUGAAGAAAAGUAACUUCGACGAGGCUCUCAAAGCUCACCCGAACCUCCUGGUUGAGUUCUAUGCCCCAUGGUGUGGCCACUGCAAGGCCUUGGCUCCAGAGUACGCCAAAGCUGCCGGCAUGCUGAAGGCAGAGGGUUCAGACAUCCGCCUGGCUAAAGUGGAUGCCACAGAAGAGACCACACUGGCCCAAGAAUUUGGUGUACGUGGAUACCCCACCAUUAAGUUCUUUAAGGGUGGUGAGAAGGAGUCCCCCAAAGAGUACUCUGCUGGUAGGCAGGCAGAUGACAUCGUCAGUUGGCUGAAGAAGCGCACGGGCCCAGUCGUCGCCACCCUGACCGGGGUCACAGAGGCCGAGUCUCUGAUCGCUGACCAUGAAGUGGCAGUCAUCGGGUUCUUUAAGGAUACUGAGUCUGCACUUGCCAUCGCCUUCGAAAAAGCAGCUGAAGCCAUAGAUGACAUUCCCUUUGGCAUGACCUCUGAUGAUGCUGUUUACUCCAAGUUUGAGGUGUCAAAGGAUGGUGUUAUCCUCUUCAAGAAGUUUGAUGAGGGGCGCAAUACUUUUGAUGGCGAGCUGACUAAAGAGAAAAUUCUGGCAUUUGUCAAGGCCAACCAGCUGCCUUUGGUCAUUGAGUUCACAGAGCAGACUGCCCCUAAAAUCUUUGGUGGAGACAUCAAGUCCCACAUCCUCAUGUUUGUGCCCAAAACUGCGACAGACUUCCAGGACAAAAUGGACCAGUUUAAGAAAGCUGCAGAGGGAUUCAAGGGCCAGAUCCUGUUCAUUUUCAUUGACAGCGAAGUGGACGACAACCAGCGGAUCCUGGAGUUCUUUGGCCUGAAGAAAGAGGAGUGCCCCGCCGUCCGCCUCAUCACCCUGGAGGACGAGAUGACCAAGUACAAGCCAGAGAGUGACUCCAUCACAGCAGAGAGCAUCAUUGAAUUCUGUACUCAGUUCACUGAGGGCAAACUCAAGCCCCACCUCAUGAGCCAGGACAUCCCUGAAGACUGGGACAAAACCCCUGUCAAGGUUUUGGUGGGCAGGAACUUUGAAGAGGUUGUCUUCAAUCCCAAAUGGAACGUCUUUGUGGAAUUCUAUGCACCUUGGUGUGGACACUGCAAACAGCUGGCUCCCAUCUGGGAGAAGCUAGGAGAGAAGUAUAAGGACAGCCCUGACAUCAUUGUGGCAAAGAUGGACUCUACAGCCAACGAGAUUGAUGCAGUCAAAGUCCACAGCUUCCCCACUCUAAAGUUCUUCCCUGCAGGAGAGGAGCGUAAGGUGAUUGACUACAAUGGAGAGAGAACAUUAGAAGGCUUCACCAAGUUCUUGGAGACCGGUGGUAAAGAGGGUGGGGCACCUGCAGGAGAUGACGACGAUCUGGAUUCAGAGGAUUUGGAUGACGUGGAUGAAGGACAUGAAGAUGAGUCUGAUGGUGAGGACAAUGAACAUGAUGAGCUGUAAGAGCUAGCAGAGAGAGGAGACGAGUCCUGCCCCAACCCCUCUAACCAGUCACCAUCACCACCUUCACUUCCUUGUGGACCUUCCCUGUCCUGUGAACAUUAAUACUUCCUCUUUAACUGCGCCUCAGUCAUUCAGCCACCUCGCCAAGUUAGUCGGUCAGUCCGUCAGUGGUGUGCUAGGGCCUUUUUUGCCAGCCACAUCUCCAGCCUCGCAGCUUCUGGCCAGACUGGUCUUGUCCCGCCUGUGAGGACUCUGUGGAACAGUGCACCACCUCAAUGGGAGACCUCAAUGCCUUCUCUACAAACCUCCACAUCAGUUGUUUGCCUUGUAUAUUUAAAACCAAAUGUAAAAAUGGCAUUGAGAUCCAGCUUUCAAAAUGUUGACCCUGUUGACUUUUCUCCCGCUCCUAAAAAAACAAAAAACCCUUUCCAUUGUUCUGUGUGGGUAUGAGCUAAAUGAGUGGUGUUACCUGUAUUUGUGGGGGGGGGGAGGCUGCCAAUGUUCUUUUUCCUCUGAGGGAAAUCUAAGGGACCAGAGCUUUGUGUGAGGGGGUUAGUAAGGACUGAUCUCUCAGGGGACAAGGGGGCUGUCAUGGACGUUUUUAAAUUUGCAAUAUCUUCACUAAAAUAAACCCACAGAGCCUCUCUAGUGUAGCAAAAAAGGGCCCUCCAUCUGUAGCUGAGACCAUUUCUUUUCAUCUUUAGUCAGGGGAAGUGUACUUUAAUUUUUUUCUUCAUUCCCAAACUUUCUCAGUUCAGUCCCCUCAUUGUAGCACGGCUACUGACAUUGUCUAAAAGAAACAAAUGUUUUGUUGGGGGCAAUCCUAUUUUAUUGAAUUGCUUUCACUUUGCUUUUUUUUAAUUUAGGACUUGACAUUUUUAAUGACGUACCAUUGUGCCCAGCUGUACCCAGUUGGCCCUGUUGAUAUAGAAUGGACCCACACUCUCAGAUCAAAUAUGGUUUUUAGAGCCAGUUCUGAUAGGUCGCACUGCAUUCAUGCCUAAUCGGAGAUUAAAUGUGGUUUCUAAAGCGGAUCGAGAUUAGUACAGUAACUGGUCAGCUUGGUUUGAGAGAAUUGUCCAUUCUAUCUGAAGGGGGAAGGAACAGUUGCACAGCCCCACCCCUCACCCAUACUGUACCUCCAGCAUCCCUUUUGGCUCUACCCAACACCCUUGUUGCCACAAUGGUGUGAGUGUGAGGGUGAGUGCAUGCUGUGUGAAUGAUGUAAAAACUGUUGUGAUGAGUUGAGUGACUACUUUAUAUUUUCCUGGUUGUCUGUGAACAGGAGAAUGAACGUACUGUGUGUUAUUUGGCAGGGAGGGGAGGCUUGAGUAGAGCAAGGUGAUGGGUUUGACAGCUAUACAGUGGUAGGGAACUUAAAGCAUUCCAUCAUAUCCAAAUUGAUGUGGGAAAACAUGAAAUGGUGGUCAAUAAACAAAACAAAAAAAAAAA